CAUUCAAAGGGUUAGGAUGUUUGACAAUCCCAGCUUGUACUACUCCACCAAUUAAUUGGAUACGUUGUCGGGAUGUUCGUCUCUCUCAUCUGCUACUUAGAAAGACAAAGGAUCGAUGGGGGGCUGUUGACACCUCUGCGUCCGGGUGGAGUAUAAAUGAGGAGUCUCCGCAGAGGAGCAGCAUUCACUUUCUCGCUGCACUUGGAGCAACAACUUGUUUUCUACAAAGACCGUCGAGAUCUUCUUUUUCCACUUUCUUAAAACAUCUGGCAGAAUGCAGGUGCCGAACAGACCCGUCGGAGCUUAUGGAUACUCUGUGCGUAAUUACGCAGCAGCAUCGCUGUACCCGCAGUACCAGGGGAGUCAGUGCGCGUCGACAACCAAGCCUCCCAGUGGAAAAUCUUUCACCAUCGAUGCUUUGCUCGCCAAGCCGGAGGACACAACCAGCGACCGGGCGAGUCCUACUCAAUGCGGAGUGAAAUAUCAGCCAGCAACUCCGGUCCUGCCUCUCACCGGACACGUCGGUUUACCCAUAGCACCAGCACCUUACGUCUACUCACCGAACAUGCUGCACUCAGCUGUCCACACACAACCUGGAUACUCAGUCUACUGCUGCCCGCCUUUCACCUAUCAGUCAACGUGUCGUGGGGCAUUUUACGCACAAGCUUCUAUGUCCAAAGUCAACGCCGGCAUGCACUCGUUUAAAACCAAAGGUGGAAAGUCGAAGCGGAUGCGCACCAGCUUCACCAGUGAGCAGCUCUCCCGGCUGGAGAAGGAGUUUGCACGGCAGCAGUACAUGGUCGGAUCAGAGAGGUUCCUCCUGGCCUCCGCUCUGCAACUCACAGAAGCUCAGGUCAAAGUCUGGUUCCAGAACCGACGCAUCAAGUGGCGCAAACAGAGUCUGGAGCAGCAGCAGGCCAAGCUGGCCAAACUGGGCCUGGCUGCUCCGCCGAAAAGCCCCGGAUCUCAAGGGCACGGAGACGAAGGCGACGAGGAUGAGGAGUUCUCUGACUCAGACGUGGAUAUUGAUGUGUCUGAUGGCUCCACUGACCACUGUUAA